CUCGCGAGAGUUGCGCAGUACUUUAAAAACAACACUAAUGCUUAAAUUCAAACGAUCAAAUAAACUUAAACUCUGCAUGUUAAUGUUUAGCAUUGCAUUAUUUGAAUAGAAGUAUAUGUGUUUGUUAAAUACCAGUCAUUCUGUCACAUAAAAAAUUGGCAAAGAUUUGAUUCUCAGCCGCUUCUAAGAUUUACUGCCACAGCAAAAUAAACACAUGAAGAAGGCUGCAGGAUGACUUUUGACCCCACAGAAAGGCAACUCCAAGCCUAAGAGGUGUCAAUGGCCCGCAUCCUUUCCUUGUUCAAGCCCCAGCCUUUUCUGGCCGUCUUGGGCAGAGGGAAACCCACCUUUCGUAAAAUGUCCCUGGACUCUCGGGCACGGGAAAUCUUCCGAGUUGCGGUGGAAGCUGUGCAGCCAGACCAUGUGGUCAGGCAGAGCAUAGAACGCAAGGAAGACUCCGUCAUUAUUGACGGACGCACUUUCACAUUAAGGCACAACCUGCACCUGGUGGGCUUCGGGAAAGCGGUUCUGGGAAUGGCUGCAGAGGUAGAGAGGAUUCUGGGCGAUCAUAUUGUCAAAGGAGUCAUCAGCGUGCCGCAUGGGAUACAGCAGACACUGAAGCAGCAUGGAAAAAGCCAUCUGUUGCUGAAGGAAGACAGCCGGAUCAAAGUCAUGGAAGGAGCCAAAAACAACCUACCUGAUGAUGACUCUGUGAGAGCAGCUGAACGGAUCAAACAGUUAGCCAGUGAACUGACCGAAAAAGAUUUGCUGCUUGUAUUAAUAUCAGGUGGAGGCUCUGCACUCUUACCAGCACCAAUUCCUCCAAUCUCGCUUCAAGAGAAGCUUGAUGUCACCCGCAGACUUGCUGCCGCUGGUGCCACCAUCCAAGAGCUGAACAAAGUACGUCGAUCCCUCUCUUUGUUGAAAGGUGGAGGGCUUGCACACCAUGCUCACCCUGCACAGGUGGUUUCACUCACACUGUCUGAUGUGAUUGGGGACCCGCUUGAUUUGAUAGCAAGUGGCCCAACAGUGGCAUGUGAGGUGUGGCCAGAGGAAUUGUUAUCUAUCCUUGAACAAUACAAGCUGCACAACUCUAUUCCAGCAUCAGUAAAGGAAGUGCUUGCCAGACAGGGUCCCCGCUGGAAAGAGAACACGGGGGACGUCGAUUCAUCUGAAAAGGCUCUAAACGUUGUGAUUGGCUCCAAUACUCUUGCACUAACAUGUGCCGGCAGGCGUGCUCGAGAGCUAGGUUUCCGUCCUGUUGUGCUCUCACCAGGAGUCUGUGGAGAUGUGAGGAUGGUCUCCAGAAUGUACGGCCUUCUGGCUCGCUUCGCCUGUUCCUAUGAGGAGCCGCCUCCAGAGAUCGCGGCUGAUGUGCUGAGGCUGGGGCCCGACGUGGGCGUGGAGAGCUGGGAUCUGUGCCGGACCAUGCAGGUGAUGGACGAAGGGCGAACUGAAGGUUGGGGCGCCACAUGUCUGUUAGCUGGAGGAGAACCCACUGUGGAGUUGACAGGAAAAGGGCGAGGUGGGCGGAACCAGGAAUUGGCUCUAAGAGUGGCACUGGAAAUGAGAGGCCUGAAGCUCCCCCCUCAGGGGCCCGUGUUUCUGAGCGGUGGCACCGAUGGUCAGGAUGGACCAACAGAGGCUGCAGGAGCCAUAACUGAUGGGGGGCUGUAUGAUGAAGCACAUGCACAGGGGUUAGACGUUGACAGCUUCCUCAGUAACAAUGACUCUUACACUUUUUUUUCUCGUCUCUCAGGCGCACAGCGUCUACUGGUACCUGGCCUGACCUGUACUAAUGUCAUGGAUGUACAUGUGCUGCUUAUCCCAGCCAUCCCCAUCAAAAUAAGUUAAAACCAAAACAAACCAUUGUGACAAAAACCAGUGGAUCAUCAUGUCAGUUUUUUUUUUUAUUCAUAUGCAUUAAAAAGUUUUUAUAGGGUUUUCUUUUUUACAAAUUACCAGAUUUAGCAGAUGGGUCCUCACACUGGGCCUGGUUCUACUGAUUAUUUCUACUAACAGAGUCUUUCUGUUAGUAUAUAGUCUAUUUUUUUAAUUAGACGUUUAGAGAGGAGUUACAUGGAUUUAAUGGUAAUUUUGGAAAAUAACGGGCAGUUCUGUAAUUGAACAGUAAUAAUGAAUCUAUAUAUAUAUAUAUAUAUAUAAAUAUAUUUAUGAAAUAUAUUGUGCAUCUAUUUCCAGUUUUAAUAAAUUAAUUUGAUAAUUAUACUAUAAUUGAUAACAACAAAUUUUGUAAAAAUAUUCUAACCUUGACUAUUAAUCCUAAAAUAGGAUCUAACAGAUACAUUUCUUUCAAAUAAAAAUUGGUAC